AUGGCGGUUAUUAAUUUUUGUGUGUGUUUCCUUUUGGUUAUAUACCAAUUAUCGGUCGCUUCUACCGAAGCAUCGUCGGAAUCUACAGACCUUGGAUUGACCGAUCCGGACGGUGACGCAGGUGUAAGAUGUUACUGCAACACGGCCCAGUGCGUGAGCACAGGGUAUAUGUGCCGGUCGGCACGCAGCGGGGGUUGCUACAGUGAACUGCCUGCACCGCGACGCACGCAUCUUGCCAGACAUGGCUGUUUGCAUCAUUUGGCUGAGACGGAACAAGAAGCUUUAUCCCGCUGCCAGAAUUCUCCAGGGGUCGGAGGUCCACCAUCGUCUUCAGAGCAUUCCCUUCUUCUAUGCUGCUUUAGGGACCUCUGCAACCACGAAGACAGUCCUCUGGCAAGAGCCAGGCUAAAUCUUACUAAUAAUGAGUAUGAAGAGCAGACAGUGGAACGCGGAGCAAAUUACAACGGCGAGGUGUGGUUCAAGGCGGCCACCAUUGCUGUGCCAGUGUGCGGUGCGCUCAUACUCUUCCUCCUCGUAGCUGUGGCAGUGAGACUGCUGAAAGCCGACGCGCUCUUGCACGCUGAUAGAAAAUUAAGAGGCGGCUACAUGUCACCUUUAGCUCAACACGCUCCGGAUGACGUUAAAAAGGUGUGGGUGGGAACACCUUCUUCCCCUCUUCUGGUCGCGCCAGGCGGGUGCUUAGUCGCGGUGGAACGCGCCCAGCUCGUAGACCCCUGCCAGCAACUCUGUGAUAUUCAACGGUAG